CUUUGGUUUGAUUGGCAUGUAGGAUGGUGCCAGUGUAUGUUUGACAGAAAUACAGUAAACAUAUUUUUACUUCUUUUAUCAAGGUAAUCCUGACAUCACUAAGAACACAGAAAAUACUACCUCUUCUCCAUUUCUUUAUGAGUGCUGUCUUGUAGUAUGAAUCCUAUUGAGUAUUCUAUUUAUUCAAUGAGACUCCAAGUUCCUUGAGUGCAGGAAACAUGGACUAUGUUUCUCCAUGUCUAUGAGGACUCCUAACUUAUUUUAAAUAGGGUUUAGGAAUGCAAAAAAAGAGCUAAUCCACCCAGGUGGGAUAUCAGAGCUUGAAUUCUGUAAUUUUAUGUGCCUAGAAGGUGUACAUAGAAGGUGAAGGAACCCUGUGAAAAUCAACAAGGAGAAUUUCCAGAAGCCAUGUCAGUCUCCAAUAUCACAGCAACCCAUCCAGCUGCCUUCUUGUUGGUAGAGAUUCCAGGUUUGGAGCACCUGCACAUCUGGAUCUCCAUUCCCUUCUGCUUUGCCUAUACACUGGCUCUGCUGGGCAACUGCACCCUGCUCUUCAUCAUCCGCUCUAAUGCAGCCCUCCAUGAUCUCAGGUACCUCUUCCUGGCCAUGUUGGCAGCCAUUGACCUGGUCCUCUCCUCUACAACACUGCCCAAAAUGUUUGCCAUAUUCUGGUUCAGGGAUAGGGAGAUCAACUUCUAUGCCUGCCUGGUUCAGAUGUUCUUUCUUCACUCUUUCUCCAUCAUGGAGUCAGCAGUGCUGCUGGCCAUGGCCUUUGAUCGCUAUGUGGCCAUCUGCAAGCCCCUGCACUAUACCACAGUGCUGACCAGGGACCUGAUCACCAAGAUUGGCAUGGCUGCUGUACUCCGAGCUGUGACACUAAUGACUCCACUUCCCUUUCUGCUCAGACGCUUCCACUAUUGCCAACGCCCAGUGAUUGCCCACUGCUACUGUGAACACAUGGCUGUGGUAAGGCUGGCCUGUGGAGACACACGCUUCAACAAUAUCUAUGGCAUUGCUGUGGCCAUGUUUAUUGCGGUGUUGGAUCUGCUGUUUGUUAUCCUAUCUUACAUCUUUAUCCUUCAGGCAGUUUUACAUCUUGCUUCUAAGGAAGCUCGCUACAAGGCUUUUGGGACAUGUGUCUCUCACAUAGGUGCCAUCCUGUCCACCUAUACACCUGUGGUCAUCUCCUCAAUCAUGCACCGUGUGGCCCGCACCGUUGCUCCCCAUGUCCACAUACUGCUUGCUAUCUUCUAUUUGCUUUUCCCACCCAUGGUCAACCCCAUCAUCUAUGGUGUUAAGACCAAGCAGAUUCGGGAUCACGUGCUCAGUCUAUUCCGGAGAAAAGAUGUGUAG